AAGAAUAGCUGGUAUUUUAAGCAAAAGUGUAGUAAAAGCAUGCUGCAUCAUAUGACAUUUCGAUUUGUACGUGAUAUAUCCACUGUGAACGCGGGUCAAACAUAUGAAUACGAACUAUUGCUAUAGAUUUUGCUCACGAGGGGGACAGUUUGCUGCAUUAAAAACCGUUGAGACAACAUUGAAAAUCGCAAUAAAAACGUGAACCAAAAAUGUCUUUGAUUGCACGAUCUGUUUGUCGUACUCUAAGCCAGGCAUCCCGGGGAGUUCACACAACUGCAUGUGUUCAACAGGCUGCCAAACCAGAGAAACGCAUUAGAUGCACCUUGAUUCCCGGUGAUGGUGUCGGCCCUGAACUUGUUUACUCCGUACAGGAAGUGUUUAAAGCUGCAAACGUCCCGGUGGACUUUGAAACGUUCUUCUUUUCCGAAAUCAAUCCAGUGCUGAGCUCAAAACUCGAGGAUGUCACCGCAUCCAUUCAGAAAAAUAAGAUUUGUCUAAAGGGUAUUUUAGCGACACCAGAUUACAGUCGAACUGGUGAGCUGCAGACAUUGAACAUGAAAUUACGAAACGAAUUGGAUUUGUUUGCCAAUGUUGUCCAUGUACGCAGUUUGCCUGGUGUCAAAACCCGUCACAAUAAUAUUGAUUGUGUUAUUAUUCGUGAACAAACUGAAGGCGAAUACUCAGCAUUGGAACAUGAAUCGGUUGAUGGGGUUGUCGAGUGCUUAAAAAUUAUUACCGCUAAAAAAUCGAUGCGCAUUGCGAAAUUCGCAUUCGAUUAUGCCACCAAAAAUAACCGCAAGAAGGUGACCUGCGUCCACAAAGCCAACAUCAUGAAACUUGGAGAUGGUUUGUUCUUGCGAAGCUGUGAAGAGAUCUCGAAACUGUAUCCACGUAUCCAAUUCGAGAAAAUGAUCGUUGAUAACACAACUAUGCAGCUUGUAUCAAACCCGCAUCAGUUUGACGUGAUGGUAACGCCAAAUUUGUAUGGUAGCAUCGUUGAUAAUAUUGCUUGCGGUUUGGUGGGUGGUGCCGGUGUUGUAGCUGGUGCUUCCUAUUCGGCUGAAACUUGCGUCUUUGAACCGGGUGCGCGUCACACAUUCUCCGAAGCUGUAGGAAAAAAUGUUGCCAAUCCAACUGCCAUGCUUUUGUGCAGCGCAAAAUUGUUGCGUCACGUCAAUUUGCACAACUACAGCGAUAUGAUAACGAAUGCAAUUAAUCGUGUAUUGAAAGCGGGCAAAGUACGAACCAAAGAUCUUGGUGGCCAAAAUACAACCAACGAGUUCACUUUGGCUGUUAUUGCAAAUCUUAAAUAAGUUACCGAAGUAUCCUUUGUGAUGUCAAACAAGUGAAUGAAGAAAACCAACAAAAUUACCGUUCGCAUACUCUCUGUUCCUUCCCCCAAUACGUUUCCCACCAGAACAGAUUUCUCCUUGGACAUACUCUCUCCCAAACCAAAAUUGCGCCUUCUGACAUACUCUGCUAGUGAAGACAACCCACAUAGUUUGAGUAGUUGAGAAAAAAAAACCUUAGUUCCUCUCUAUCUCCCAUAUACAAAAUUCUCCCAUUUUCCAUCCGCAAUCCUUCAUAAUCCACUCGAAAUUGAAAGUCCCUUUUAGACUAAUUACUUUUCAUUUUUGCCGAAACCAACCAGAAUAACAAAACAAAAAACUAGGCAAAUUGAAAUGUUAACUUGAAUCUUCGUCUUUUUUCGGCAAGUUUCAGUUCAAGUUUUGAAAGUUUGUAAAUGAAUUCAUAUUUAUGCAAUUUAUUUAAAUGAUCUAGACAAUAUGAUAUUUAAAAACAAAACAGAAAAAAAUAAACUUAAUUGUUUCAUUAAAAGAAAAA